UCAGGGGUGGAUGUGUCUACAGAACUGCCAGCUGGAAGGAGGUGGCACGGGAACUCCCGGGUGAUACUCUCGGCCUCACACCCGUGGGGAUGGUGCCAAAGACGCUGCAGGGAUCCCCGAGGCUGGGCAAGCUGGAGGAAGGACGAACACCCCCAGAUCUAGCCAGGACCUCUCCUGGCAUCGCCCUCGGCCCUGAGUUUCCUUGCCAGUCAGCAAGUAGGAGCUGGACGCUUCCCAAGCAGUAGGGCAAAAGGGAGGGGUAUUGCAAGGAUGACCCGGGGAGGGGUACCCAGGCCCACAAACAAAAGAAAUGGGUUCUGCUCACGGUGCCCGAGGAGUGGGUGGCACGGAAAGUGGACGCUAGUCCCGCCCGGGAGAUGGCCCAGGCUCCAGGCGACACGCACAGGGCGUCGCACGCGGGAGCCGGCGGGAGGGGUGGGCGCGAGCGCGCGCGGGGUCUCACGCGGAAGGGAGGCGCGGCGCGCAUGCUCAAUCCCACACCUCACCGGGCGGGGCGGGAGACCCGGGCUCCUAGGCGGGGGGAGGAGCGCUCGCGCAGCCGCCCCUGACAGGAGCGGGCUCGGCGGCUGCUGCAGCGCUCAGCGCCGGGGCCCUGCCGGAGCCGGGUCUAGCAUGUGCCGCGGCUCCCCGGCGGCGGCGGCUCCUCUGCAGCAACGGCAGCAGCAGCGGCCGCCAUGGCCAAGCCCAGCGCGGAGCUCACCCGCGAGCUGCAAGACAGCAUCAGGAGGUGCUUAAGCCAAGGGGCUGUGCUCCAACAACAUCGGGUGAAGCUGGAGACGAAGCCCAAGAAGUUUGAGGAUCGAGUUCUGGCCCUGACCUCCUGGCGCCUCCACCUCUUCCCCCUUAAAGUCCCAGCCAAGGUGGAGAGCUCCUUCAAUGUCCUAGAAAUCCGCGCCUUCAAUACGCUCAGUCAGAACCAGAUCCUAGUGGAGACAGAGCGUGGCCUGGUGAGCAUGCGGCUCCCAUCGGCUGAGAGUGUGGACCAGGUGACACGACAUGUGAGCUCUGCCCUCUCCAAGGUCUGCCCUGGCCCUGGGUGUCUAAUCCGUCGUGGAAAUGCUGACACCCCAGAAGGGCCCCGAGACACGUCCCCUAACUCUGAGACUUCCACAUCGACCACUCACAGUGUCUGUGGUGGCUUUUCCGAGACCUAUGCCGCCCUGUGUGACUACAAUGGACUGCACUGCCGUGAGGAGGUGCAAUGGGAUGUGGACACCAUCUAUCAUGCUGAGGAUAACCGGGAGUUCAAUCUUUUGGAUUUCAGCCACUUGGAAAGCCGAGACUUGGCCCUAAUGGUGGCAGCCCUGGCCUACAACCAGUGGUUCACCAAACUCUACUGCAAGGAUCUGCGGCUGGGCUCUGAAGUGUUAGAACAGGUGCUACAUACCCUGAGCAAGUCGGGGAGCCUCGAAGAGCUGGUGCUGGACAAUGCCGGGCUUAAGACGGACUUUGUCCAGAAGCUGGCCGGGGUGUUUGGGGAGAACGGGAGCUGUGUGCUGCAUGCCCUCACUCUGUCCCACAACCCCAUCGAGGACAAGGGUUUCCUCAGUCUGAGUCAACAGCUCCUCUGCUUCCCCACUGGCCUCACCAAACUGUGCCUGGCCAAGACUGCCAUUUCCCCUCGAGGGCUCCAGGCACUGGGCCAGACCUUCGGGGCCAACCCAGCCUUUGCCAGCUCCCUUCGAUACCUGGACCUGAGCAAGAACCCUGGGCUGCUCGCCACAGAUGAGGCCAAUGCCCUCUACAGUUUCCUGGCCCAGCCUAAUGCUUUGGUGCACCUGGACCUGGCAGGAACCGACUGCGCCAUUGACUUGCUGUGCUCCUGGCUGAAUCCACCAAGAGGAAAGGAUUCUUCCCCUGACUUGAACAAGGCACCUUAUGAGCCCCUAAUGGCUCGCUCUGGCUUUACACAUUCACUGCCUCUUCUGGGAGCCCUGCUCCAUGGCUGCUGCUCCCACCUAACCUACCUCAACCUGGCGCGCAACAGCUGCUCCCACAGGAAGGGCCGAGAGGCCCCGCCGGCCUUCAAGCAGUUCUUCAGCAGCGCCUACACACUGAGCCACGUCAACCUGUCGGCCACGAGGCUGCCCCUGGAGGCCCUCAGGGCACUGCUCCAGGGCCUCUCCCUCAACAGUCACCUCAGUGAUCUGCACCUGGACCUCAGCAGCUGUGAGCUCCGCUCAGCAGGAGCCCAGGCUUUGCAGGAGCAGCUGGGGGCUGUCACCUGUGUGGGCAGCCUGGAUCUGUCAGACAAUGGGUUCGACUCGGACCUCCUGACACUGGUGCCCGCACUUGGCAAGAACAAGUCCCUCAAGCACCUGUUCCUGGGCAAGAACUUCAAUGUCAAGGCCAAGACCCUGGAGGAGAUCCUCCACAAGCUGGUGCAACUGAUCCAAGAAGAGGACUGUUCCCUGCAGUCACUGUCAGUGGCGGACUCAAGGCUGAAGCUCCGCACCAGCAUCCUCAUCAAUGCCCUGGGCAGCAACACCUGCCUGGCUAAGGUGGAUCUGAGUGGCAAUGGCAUGGAGGACAUCGGGGCCAAGAUGCUGUCUAAGGCCCUGCAGAUAAACUCCUCCCUCAGAACCAUCCUAUGGGAUCGCAACAACACAUCUGCCCUGGGCUUUCUGGACAUCGCAAGGGCCCUGGAGAGCAACCACACACUGCGCUUCAUGUCCUUCCCCGUGAGUGACAUCUCCCAAGCCUACCGCAGCGCCCCGGAGCGCACCGAGGAUGUCUGGCAGAAGAUCCAGUGGUGCUUGGUGAGGAACAACCACUCCCAGACAUGCCCUCAGGAGCAGGCCUUCAGGCUGCAGCAGGGCCUGGUGACCAGCAGCGCCGAGCAAAUGCUGCAGCGGCUGUGUGGCCGGGUGCAGGAGGAGGUUCGGGCCCUGAGGCUGUGCCCCCUGGAGCCUGUGCAGGAUGAGCUGCUUUAUGCUCGGGACCUGAUCAAGGACGCCAAAAACUCACGGGCGCUGUUUCCCAGCCUCUAUGAGCUGGGCCAUGUGCUGGCCAAUGACGGGCCUGUACGGCAGAGGCUGGAGUCAGUUGCCAGUGAGGUGUCCAAGGCUGUGGACAAGGAAUUGCAGGUGAUCCUGGAGUCGAUGGUCAGCCUUACGCAGGAGUUAUGUCCUGUGGCCAUGCGAGUGGCUGAGGGACACAACAAGAUGCUGAGCAAUGUGGCUGAGCGCGUCACUGUGCCCCGGAACUUCAUCCGAGGGGCGCUGCUGGAGCAGGCAGGACAGGACAUUCAGAACAAGCUGGAUGAAGUAAAGCUCUCAGUCGUCACCUACUUGACCAACUCCAUAGUGGACGAGAUCCUGCAGGAGCUAUACCACUCCCACAAGAGCCUGGCCCGGCACCUGGCCCAGCUAAAGACACUAUCAGAUCCACCAUCGGGGCCAGGCCAAGGGCAGGAUCCGUCCUCCCGGGGCCGAGGCCGGAACCAUGACCAUGAGGAGACCACAGAUGAUGAACUUGGGACCAACAUCGACACCAUGGCCAUCAAAAAGCAGAAACGCUGCCGCAAGAUCCGGCCAGUAUCCGCCUUCAUUAGUGGGAGCCCUCAGGACAUGGAAAGCCAGCUGGGGAGCCUGGGGAUCCCCCCUGGCUGGUUCUCAGGACUCGGAAGCAGCCAGCCCACAGGCAGUGGCUCCUGGGAGGGUCUAUCUGAGCUGCCCACUCAUGGCUAUAAACUAAGGCAUCAAACACAAGGCAGGCCUCGGCCCCCCAGGACCACACCUCCAGGACCUGGUCGGCCCAGUCAGGUGCCAAUAACUGGGACCCGACAGGAGAAUGGGAUGGCCACCCGCCUGGAUGAGGGGCUGGAGGAUUUUUUCAGCCGAAGGGUCAUGGAUGAAAGCUCCAGCUACCCCCGGACUCUGCGGACCCUGCGGCCGGGCCUCUCAGAGCCGCCACUGCCUCCACUCCAGAAGAAGAGACGCAGAGGCCUGUUUCACUUUCGCCGGCCCCGGAGCUUCAAGGGGGAUAGGGGACCAGGGUCCCCCACCACUGGGCUCCUCCUCCCUCCUCCCCCACCCCCACCCCCAACUCAGGAGAGCCCCCCAAGCCCAGAUCCCCCCAGCCUUGGCAAUAAUUCCUCCCCCUGUUGGAGCCCAGAGGAGGAGAGCGGCCCCCUCCCUGGAUUUGGGGGGGGCCGGGGGCCUUCCUUCCGCAGGAAGAUGGGCACUGAGGGGGCGGAGCCAGGGGAGGGGGGCCUGGCCCCUGGGACGGCACAGCAGCCAAGGGUCCAUGGUGUUGCCCUUCCUGGGUUGGGAAGAGCCAAGGGUUGGAGCUUCGACGGGAAACGAGAGGGUACAGGCCCAGACCUGGAGGGCAGUGUCCAGGCUUGGCAGAAACGGCGCUCUUCAGACGAUGCAGGGCCGGGAGCCUGGAAGCCCCCACCACCACCCCAAAGUACCAAGCCAAGCUUCAGCGCCAUGCGCCGAGCAGAAGCCACAUGGCACAUAGCUGAGGAGAGUGCCCCCAACCACAGCUGCCAGAGCCCCAGCCCAGCCUCUCAGGACGGGGAGGAGGAAAAGGAGGGGGCCCAAUUCCCAGAGAGGACCGUUCCCACUAGGAAUGCCAAGCUGCAGGACCCCCCUUUAGCUUCACGGCCCCCCAAGCCAGUGGCUGUGCCCCGGGGCCGCCGGCCCCCCCAGGAGCCAGGGGGCAGGGAGGAGGCUGAGGCUGGGGGUGCAGUCCUAGGAAUGAACAAACCCCGGCUGAGGCUGGGCUCACAGCAGGAUCAAGAGGAGACCGAGGUCCAAGGGCCCCCAGAUCCAGGCCGCCGGACUGCCCCCCUGAAGCCCAAGAGGACGCGGCGGGCACAGUCCUGUGACAAGCUGGAGCCUGACAGAAGGCAGCCCCCUGACCCCACAGCAGGAACCAGUGAGCCAGGAACAGACUGACAGCCGCUACAGCACCCUGCCCAGCCCUCCUCUCAACAUGUGCCUCACAAGGACUCAGACCCCCACCCACCCCCCACACCUCCAGGCCCCUCUGCCAGCCCAUCCCCCAGGGGCAGGAUGGCAGGAUGAGGCCUGGGAACAGGAGGUGGGGGACAGGAUGGGAGGGAGCAACCUGGAGAGAGGGAGGCAGAGCUUGGGGCAGGGCCGUCUCCUCUCCUGGAAGGGCAGAUCUGUCCCUCUAUCCCCAGGGACUCUCUCCCUCCUUGUAUAGAAUAAAAAAAACAAAAUCA